CAUAACAAAACGUUUUAAUAGGUAGGCCUAAUAGCAGUGUUAUUAUGGUAUGUAAUAUAGGUAAAUGCUUGUUGAAUGACAUAAUGUUAAAGACUUAAACAAAAAUAGCCUACUGUGUGAUAAGUAGCCUAGCCAGUUAAUUCCAUAUAGCCUACUACAGCCCAGAGAUAGCACCAAUAGACUGUAUUCCAAGUAGACUAAGCGUUUUUAUUCCCAGCGAUUCUCCCAGAAUUACCUAUUGGUAGGAAAUGUACUUGACCUAGGCUACUGUUAGCUGGCUAGGUGCAUGCUAUUGUUAUUGCCAAUGCUAUUGCAGGGAGACUGAACCCUCCGAUCCAGUAACUUCUGUCAUGCCACGGAGAACUACUCCUCUUCAGGAUGCCACUAAUCACAUCCUUGCAGGAAGAGACAAGAAUUCAAUGUUAGAGAUCAAAUAUAUUAAUCCAGUUAAAGGUCGUGGUAUCUUCACUUUAGCUGUUUUCAAUCAAGGAGACUUUGUGGUGGAGUAUAGAGGGGAGCUCAUUGAUGCAGCUGAAGCUGAACAUAGACGUAAACUGUACCACAAUGCAUGUUCGAUCUUCAUGUUUGACUUCACAUGGAAGCGGAAGACAUGGUGUAUUGAUGGAGCACUUGAAGAUGGGUCAUUUGGACGACUGGUAAACGAUGAGCACAAGGCACCAAAUUGCAGAAUGAAGUUGAUCGAAGCAGAUGGGAAGCCACAUCUCUGCCUUUUUGCACUGAAGGAAAUUAUGGCUGGAACUGAAAUCACUUAUGACUAUGGUGGGAAAGAAUGGCCCUGGCGUAAAGAGACACAACUCAGUGGUGGAAGUUUCCCUUCUGGCCAACACUCCGUUGCAGAGCUUAGUGACCACGCCCAUGACUUGGAACCCAAUGUUUUCUCUACAGACUUAUUCAGAGACACCGAAUUGAGAGCAGAGUGUCAGUCAUCCACUCCCACACCAGACAACCCUGCGCAUGAGGUGCACUGUGUCAGAGGUCAGUGUGGCACUUCUCCAAUCCCCUCUUUCACAGAAGAAGUUGGUGUCCAGCACCAGGAGGUGUUAUCCCCUGUGUUCUCAGCAGAGCUUGCCAGUGAGACCGAAUCAAGAUCAGGGUGUCAAUCAUCCAGAGCUGUGCCAAAUGACUCUGCUUGUGAGUGUACAAUCCAUAAGCUGGUUUUUGAAUCGGUGAGAAUUGACAAAUGCUGGAUAUGCCAUUCACCUUUCACAUCUAUCAGAUGGCACGGUGUAAGAUGCAAACAAUGCUGUGGUGUGUGGCACAAAAUCUGCCUCCAGAAGUCCUCAGAAGACUGGGAUAUAUCAGAUGAUGAUGUCUCAUCUGGUGAUGAGUACAUCCCAGAGUCUGUAUCGGAUUCAGAAAGCUCAGGAACAGAGUUGAGUGCCGAGUUGGCUGAACCAUCCAAGAAGUCCCAUACCAAUAUGCCUGAUUUAGUUACUUUUGCUCACCCAGAACCAGAAAGCUCAGAGUCUGUAUCGGAUUCAGAAAGCUCAGGAACAGAGUUGAGUGUCGAGUUGCCUGAACCAUCCAAGAAGUCCCAUACCAAUAUGCCUGAUUUAGUUACUUUUGCUGAACCAGACCCCGAACCAGAACCAGAAAGCACUGUGGAUAUUCUUGGCCAAAGUAAAUCCCCAACCAAAUCAGGAAAAUUCCUUAAAAGCCAAGUCAAUUAUUGUUUUGUAUGUGGGAAACCUCAAACAAAAUUUGCACGUCAUCUCGAGAAGCAUGUAAAUGAAAAUGCUGAAAUCGCACAGGCACUCCAGUUCCCCAAAUCAUCAAAGGACAGAAGGGUUCUUCUUGAGAAAUUCCGAAACCUUGGCAACUUCAAGCAUAACUCGACUGUUAAAACCACAGGGUCAGGCUGUCUUAAAGUGAAAAGGAGUUCCAAACAGAGUAGCAGCCCUGAGACGUAUGAUUACUGCUUGUACUGUAAGGGUAUGUUAUCCAGAAAAGAACUUUCUCGACAUAUGAAAAGAUGUGCUCUAAGACCCGAGAAUAAUGUUGAAGAGGGACCUGAGUGGACAGAGAGGGUCAUUGGUAUAGCAUCUGCUCAAUUUACAAUGUCCCAGCCAAUUUCAAGUGAACUUUGGUCAGUGCUGGGCAAAAUGCACAAGGAUGACGUGUCCACUGCAAUAAGGAAUGAUCAUUAUCUCAUGCAGUUUGCCCAGUCCCUCUUUAAUAAGCAUGGGAGUGACAGAUCAAAGCAUGAGUAUAUAAGACAGAAAGUAAGGGAACUUGGGAGAUUACUUGUGACUUUGCGCCACACAACUAGAAUCCAUAACAUGGAAGAGGCAAUAAAACCAGGCAACUUCUUUACUCUUACUGGUGCUGUCAAGAGAGUUUCAGGUUUUGAUCACCAAAACAACACAUUCAAAGCCCCAAGUCUGGCUCUUAAAAUUGGGCAUUCUCUCAGAAAGAUAAGUGACCUCAUCAUGUGUCGUGCCCUAAUGGAAGAGGACCAAGAGGGGGUCGAUUCCAUCAAGAGGUUUCAUACACUUCAUGAAACAAAGUGGUCUGAAUUAGUUUCCCAUUCUGCCUUAUCAAACCUGAGUGAGGCAAAAUACAAUAAGAGCACCAGGCUUCCACUGGCCAAAGACGUUCAGAAGCUGCAGUUAUAUCUUGGUCAGCAAGUGGAAUUGGCUAAGGAGAAACUAGCCGAUAACCCAACAGCAGGCACUUAUGCAGCACUAGCAAAGGUGACCCUCUGUCAAGUCAUUUUGUUUAAUAGGAGAAGGGAAGGUGAAGUGGCAAGGAUGACUGUAAACAAUUUUGAAGAUCGUGAUGUGUCACAACUAAAUGAUGACAUAAGCACUGGGCUUACAGAAGUUGAGAAGAGACUUUGCAAACAAUUCGCCAGAGUGGAAUUGAGGGGGAAAAAAGGACGAAAGGUUGCUGUGAUCCUGACCCCUGAUAUGACUGCUAACCUGUCACUCCUCAUUAGUAAGAGGAAAGAGUGUGGAGUAACUGAAAACAACAAUUACCUCUUCGCUAUUCCUUGUAGUGAUGGUCACUACAGAGGACAGUUUGGUCAAUUUGCAGAUGCUUGUGGAGCCGAAGAUCCUCAAAACCUCAGAUCAACUAACCUUCGCAAACAGAUCGCCACAAUAAGCCAAGUCAUGAACUUGAAAGAUAAUGAACUGGACCAGCUGGCCGACUUUCUCGGCCAUGACAUUAGGGUGCAUAGGGAGUACUAUCGACUGCCCCAAUCAACGAUUCAGCUGGCUAAGAUCUCAAAGCUGCUUAUGGCUAUGGAGAAGGGAAGUGUGAAGGAUAUUCAAGGAAAAUCUCUGGAUGAAAUUGGUGAUGACAUAGACAAAAUGGAUACAGGAUCACAGCAACUCCCUAAUGUUUCCACAUUGCAAGACAAUGAAGAAAUGUUGACUUCUGGGACUUUUGGAUCACCUCAUCUCUCCGAGACUGCAGCUCAAGAUGACCAGGGGAACUCUGCCUGUGUAACUUCUGGUUCACCUCAUCUCCCUGACUCAGUUACUCAAGGUUUCUGUGUUUCAUCAAGGCGGUGUACGAAGAGACCAUGGUCUGAGGAGGAGAUACAAGCGGUGAUGAAACAUCUAAGGCCUUUUGUUGAAAACGGUGUCACUGCCACCAGCGGGCAGUGCCUGGAGUGCAAGGAAAAGGAACACCCUAUCUUGGAGACCAGAUCCAUUCAAAACAUUAGAGAUUUUGUCCGCAACAGAGGCUUGGCCUUUAAAAGGCAUUCAAAUGCUAAACGCUAAAUGCUCUUUUGGAUAGCUUGAGCCUUUACCUUUCUAGGCAUGUUUUACAAGUUGGUGUCCUGUGUUCAGAAAUGGGUCACUUCAUUUAUUUUGCUCACAGGCAGUUUUUUGUUUUGUUUGUUUUGCUUUGUGGUUAGCCUGGGCCUUUUAAUGUCAGGAUUCACUUUUAUUUUCCUUUAUUAUUUUUUAAAAUGCUGUCCUUGUUAAGGAAGGAAGAGAUUCUUGAGGUGACCAAAUCAAAUAUAGUUCAGUGAUUCAA